AUGGCUGACGCAUCCAAGCCUUCAGAGAAGCUGGUGCUUGGACGUCAGAUGGUAAAAGAGUUCAUAGGCGAAUACCGUUUGAAGGCUAUCAAUGCAAACAUGGUCAGUCUACCCAUCGAGGCACCAAUGCCCAAUCUGCAUGAAGUCCUCGAAAGCCUCAGACUGACUAUGGGACAGAGAGAUGAUAUAUUCACGAGAACCAGUGCGGAGUUCAUUGCCGAAGUCUGCUUUUCGGGAUAUGCCAGACCGGGUCUCGAAUUCAAAGAUCGUGCACUCAUGAAUAUCGCCAUGCUGAUUGCCCUGGGGAGGGCUCCGGAGUUGCGUAUCCACAUUCGAGCAGCAUUCGACAAUGGGUGGACAGAAGAGCAAAUUUGCGAGGCAUGCCGGCAUGCAAUGGUCUACUGCGGCGUCCCAGCCGGUCGAGAUGCUUUGAUCAUUGCGAGCGAGAUAUUCGAGGACCUGAGACAGUCUGGCGAAUACGGCAAGAAGGCUUAG